AAGCUUGGCAUGAUAUAGAGAUCCACCUCUGAUCUGCUCCGGCGACCCGGAAAGAAGGGAGCAGCCAAAGGGACUUAAGGAAUAUCAAACAAUGUCUCUGCCAACUAUAACGCUUUUAACCAUAAAGCGCACAGUCAUAUCUGGCCCAUUAGUUGGAACAGUGAGUGUGCACGCUGCACCAGCAGAGGUCAUCUAGCAGCUAUGGAACCCUUUAGUCUCAGCUGGACUUCAGCCUUAUUGCAAGGAUGUCAGUCAAGGGAAAUCACCAUUGAUGAGGAGUUUUCUCUGCGUGUCUGUCAUUGUGAUCUGAACCCUGAGGCUGAAGUCCAGCUGUGACAGGAGAAGCUGCACUCUAGUCAACUCUUCAUUCCAAGACAGUGACAAGAUUCAGGUCUUUCUGAGCUCCCUCUCACAGGACAGUGAAGGAUGAAGACGUUGAGUUGCCUGAUGUGGGCAGUUCUCCUGCUGCUGAACCUGGCUGGAGUUGACACCAGUCAUCUCCAAGCUGUAAACCUGAACCUCCUUCCUGAAGAUGAGCAUAAUGUGGUACUGAAUCAAGGAAUGAGAGUGCUGCCCAGAGAUUGCCAUGAAAUGCUGAUGACUUCUUCUGCCAGGCCAGAGAUGGCGUCUAACGUCAUCCAACCAGGCGACUCGCCCAUUGUGGCCUACUGCGCCAUGCAGGAAGGAGGCUGGACUGUGGUGCAGCACAUCUGUGACAGCAGCGUGGACUUUGAUCGUACGUGGGAGGACUACAAGUACGGGUUUGGGGUUGUGACUGGGGAUCACUGGUUGGGGAAUGAGUACCUUCAUCAGCUCUCCAGUGGUCCCGGGCGUUAUAAACUCAGAAUAAAACUAGUCGACCAAGAAGCCGUCACCAAGACUGGGGAAUACGACCCAUUCCUGGUGGAGAGGGAAUCGUCAGCAUACAAACUGAAACUGGGGUUGUUCCAGGGCAACCGCUGGUGACGCACUCACCCAUGACACAGACACUACCUGCACGACAACCAAAGGUUUACAACUAAAGACAAAGACAAUGACAACUACUUCCAGAACUGUGCCAAGCUGGAGUUCCAGGGGGUGGCAGGAGGCGGAUUGUAUGACGCCUGCGCUGGCGCCAACCUCAACCGCCGAAAUGUAAUUUACUGGCGAAAGGACUGCAAUAAGGAGCUGUGCAAGUAUGCAUGGAUGAUGGUGAAACCUUCAGACACAGUCAAGCUUAUUUACAGUGGAGACUGCAAGAAGGAUGAGUUGUGAGAAUGCUGUUUGCAGAUAGUCCGUUUUCUGUACAAAUCAGUGAUUAGAUCUUCUGAAUGCAUUGACCUGUAAUAACUCUUUUGCUGGAAUUUCACUUCACCACAUUUUUAUUUAGAUGCAUGAAACAUGAUCACAAACUACUGAGAACAAAAAAGGCUCCACACU